AUGAAACCACUGCCCUUCCCCUUUCCAUUCAAUAUCGGCACAGACGUCGUCCACAUCCCUCGAAUUGGCCGCCUCCUCGCCCAACCAAACUACCUCCCCCGCUUCACGCGCCGCAUCCUCUGCGACUCCGAACAAACAGACUUCAAAACCCGCUUUAGCGAGUCCCUCCAAGCCCGCGCCGCAUACCACCAGCAGCCUCCACCUGUACCUGCAGACAUCACACGCUGGCUGGCCGGGCGCUUCGCGGCUAAGGAGGCGGCGCGCAAGGCAGCGCCGGAGGGCGCGGCGUCAAUUGGUUGGAAGGAUGUGAUGGUGCGUGUUCAGGAGGAUGGAGGUGCGUUCGGAGUUGGUGUCAGUCGUCGGCCGGAGAUUGUGUAUCUUCCGCCUGCGGAUGGGAGUCAUGAGGGGAGGGUUGCGCGGCUUUCAAUCUCUCAUGAUGGGGAUUAUGUUGUUGCUACGGUUCUGGCGGCAGGGUGA